UGUUGUUAUUGUCACGGUGCAGGGAGGGGGUGUUGAGGCUGCCUGUGUGCUAUUGUGUCCAGGGCGUUCCUCGGGCCGCGGGGAGGAGCUGUAGGGUGUUAAUUAAGGGCCUGAGACACACUACACCUGGGAGGAGGGAGGAAAUAGGUGUGCAUGUGACGAGUUGAGGGUGAAGGAGUGUGUGGGUGGGUGUACUUCAUCGUGUGUGUGUGUGUGUGUGUAAGUAUUUGUCUCGUGUGUAUAUUUGACUGUAUACGUGUUUAUUUCGUGUGUGUGUGUGUGUGUGUUGGUCUCGUGUGUGUGUAUCAGAGUGUGUACGUGUUGGUCUCGUGUGUGGAUAUUUGAGUGUGUACGUUUUUGUCUCGUGUGUGUAUAUCAGAGUGUGUACUUGUUGGUGUCAAAAUGGGUAUUUUGACGGUGUAGUUGUGUGAACCUCAGUGGCUGUGUACAAAGAGAGAGAGAGAGAGCAAAUAUGAGUGCUUGUUUAAGAAGAGAGCAGUGACACUUCUUUAUUAGAGGGAAGACAAAGAGGUGGAAGAAUAGGAGGAAAAGGGGGAGCUAUGUUGAAGGGGAGGGGGUGGUUUGGGGGGGGAGGACUAUGGAGGAAGAACCCCCACUCCCUGGAGCACCUCAGGUACCUGUACAAUGUGCUGAGCAAGAACCAGGUGGUGCAGGACAGUAACCGUGGCCUGCUGGUGGAGACGCUACGCUCCAUCGCCGAGAUACUGAUAUGGGGGGACCAGAACGACUCCUCCGUGUUCGACUUCUUCCUGGAGAAAAACAUGCUCUCGUUCUUCCUGCGCAUCAUGAAGCAGAAGUGUGGCAGCUACGUGUGUGUGCAGCUGCUCCAGACCCUCAACAUCCUCUUCGAGAACAUACGCAACGAAACAUCCCUCUACUACCUGCUCUCCAACAACCACGUCAACUCUAUCAUCGUGCACAAGUUUGACUUCAGUGACGAGGAGGUGAUGGCCUACUACAUCUCCUUCCUCAAGACACUGUCCCUCAAGCUGAAUGCACACACCAUACACUUCUUCUAUAAUGAGCACACCAACGACUUCCCGCUCUACACCGAGGCCAUCAAGUUCUUCAACCACCCAGAGUCCAUGGUGAGGAUUGCCGUGCGGACGCUCACCCUCAACGUCUACCGUGUCAAUGACCAGUCCAUGCUGCAGUUCAUACGCGACCGGACGGCGGCUCCCUACUUCUCCAACCUGGUGUGGUUCAUCGGAAACCACAUACUUGAGCUGGAGAACUGCGUGCGGGGUGACGUGGACCACAACAGCAGAAGUCGGCUGUCAGACUUAGUGGCGGAGCACCUCGACCACCUGCACUACAUCAAUGACAUCCUCAAGCUGAACAUUGCCACGCUCAACGCCGUCCUCGCCGACCACCUACUGAACCGCCUGCUGGUGCCGCUGCUGGUCUACUCCCUCAACCCACGGCAGGAAAAGGACGACAGGCCCCGCAUCAGCAGCGUGGUGGCCCUGUUCCUGCUGGCCCAAGUCUUCCUCAUCAUCUCCCACGCACCCCUCGUCCGCGCCCUUGCCAGGAUACUCUUCCAUGCCGACAACGCCAUCUUCGCCGAGGAGACCCAGGUGGCUCAGGGUCAGCGUAUGGUGCGGCGGGGGUUCGUUGCCCCUGAGGAACCCCUGGAGAAGUCCCUGCAGGCCCCCCAGACCUCCAGCGGGGGGUCAGGGCGCAGCAGCAGUGCCUCCUCCCCCUCCCCGGUGGAAGAGCGAAGAGGAGGAGGAGGAGGAGGAGGGAAGGAAGAGGAGGAGAAGGAAGCAUCCAGCCCCCAGACAGACACGAUGGGCAUCUCGGACUUGGCGGCGACGCACGUAAACAUAACAGACGAGGAGAAGGAGCUGAUGCUGUAUGGCGACUAUAAUGCCACUGCAACCCAAGAAAGCGGGACUGCGAGGGGACUAUCAGCGGUAACAGAUGGAGAAACAUUCAGCGGAGGGGGAGGAGGAGGGCUGUCGGAACACACCCUCACCUCGCGCCCUUUCCUCCUGUCAACGCUCAGUGCUCUCUGCUGCUCCGGAGAUGAUUAUUCCUCGCUCUUCGCCCUCUGCCUCCUGUAUGCUCUCGGACACAACCCAGGCAUCAACCAGGAGCUACUUGAUCUUGUGGUUGGCACCAGAUGUAGUGGCGGUCCUCAAGGGGACCCCAAGGCAACAUACAACUCUCUCCUCGUCGACAAGAUGCUCGAGAUCAUCACUCUAUCCUGCCAGUACAAUUCUAAGGUCCGUGUAGCCACCCUGGAGAUGGCCAUAUUGGUGUUGAAGCAGCUGGUGGGUGCAGGGGGUGGUGGUAGUGCGAGGUGCCAUUCCUACCUGCGAGACCACCACCUGGCCAGCCUAGAAGGUGCACGAGAGGAAGCCACGCUGAUGCUGAGGAAUUUCUAUAAGAGUGAGGAGAUCUUCUUGGACAUGUUCGAGGACGAGUGGCUGGAGCUCCAUCGACGGCCUCUCAACGUGGAGUACUUGCUUCAGGACGCCUCGGUGCUCCUGCCGCCUGCCGGGACACCCCUCACCGGGAUAGACUUCAACAAGCGCCUGCCUUGUGGAGAGGUGGAGAGGGCGAGGAGAGCCAUGAGGGUGUUCUUCCUGGUGCGCGAGGUGUGUCUAGUGGUGAGGGACGAGUCGGACCCUCACCUCCCCUUAACAAACCCUGCAGCGUGUGUACAGGUGGCCGAUGUGCUGGACCUGAACAACAGUGACCUCAUAGCGUGUGUGGUGAUCCCCCGCGACGGGCAGCGCACCAAGCGUUUCCUGGUGAUCGACGUGAUACAGCUCAUCCUGGUGGAGCCUGACCUGCGGAGACUAGGCUGGGGGGUGGCCAAGUUUGUCGGCUUUCUGCAGGACUUAGAGGUCAGUGGAGACAAAGAUGACUCCAGGGUCCUCCACCUCACUAUCCACCGGCCUUCCGCUUCCGCUGGCCGCCCCUCCACCCCCCUGCUAGCCGCCAAGUUCAUCUUUGACGACCAUAUCCGCUGCAUGGCCGCCAAGCAGAGGUUGACCAAAGGGCGGAUGAAGGCCAGGCAGCGCAAGCUUCACCAAAUCGGGAGACUGUUGGAGCUGCCGAGUCACCUACAGCCGUGCCCCUCGCCCCCCACGCAUGCCCUCCACACUAUGCGACAGGAAGCCCAUAGGCAGCGGCUGGGGCGUGUUGGUGAUGGGCGAGGCAGGAUCACCUCCACUGCCACCUCUACCACCACCACCACCACCACCGGCCACCGCCCACUGUUCAAUGUGUCACUGGUCCCUGGCUUUGCACUGAAGAGGGAGGGAGAUGACGUAGUUGACAGCAGCAGCGUCGGAGGUAGUGAAACAACAACAACAACAACAAUGAGAAAUUUAAGCCCAGCGAGACGACCGACGGUAACAAGACAUCUGACCCGCCACCCUCACCCCUCCUCCUCCUCUUCUUCCUCUUCCUCCUCCUCCUCCUCCCGCCCCCGACCUCGGAGCGAAGAGAUACCAAUGGAGGACAUGGUGAUCUCCUCCGCCUCCUCCUCCUCUUCUGGUGGUGGCGGUGGUGGUAGUAAUCUCCUCCUCCUCCACCACCACACCUCCCUCUCCCUGCCUAAGGUAAACAUGGACAGUGGAAACAGUAGCAGCAGCAGCAGCAGCAGUAGCAGUGGAAACAACACGACAAACACCAUCAUCACUACUACUACCACUGCCACCGCCACCCCUUCUGAACCCGCCACUGCUGAGGGGGCAGACGAAGGGACGCAGACCCCCAGCGCCCCCACCCAGGAUUGGCAAACCUCCCCAGAAGCAUUCGAACGGAAAGCCGAAGACAACUUGCAAGACGGCAACACAAACACUUCACAUCAGCAGAACACCGAAACAGAGACAUCUUUUUCCGCCCUUCCACGCCCGUCUUCCUUUGAUGUGUUUGAACCACGAGUGAAUGGAAGUGUUGAAGGUGGAGCAGAGCAGCCGCCCACCCCCUCUGCGGCCACUUCUGCUGCCCUAGCCAAGCCACGGGGGAGUUUAGGCUCGGCAGAUUUUAGCCCCAUAAGGAAAGGGAGAGUAAGGGGGAGUGUAGAGACUGUAUAGUGAAGGGGAAGUGAGAGAGAGAGAGAGAGAGAGAGAGAGAGAGAGAGGGUAAAUUGAUCAUUCCAAGAAGUUGGAUUUUGAAUCGACAAACUAAUUUGAAAAAAAAAGGUAAAAUAUAAAAUAUAUAUAAACAGUAUGAAAUGUGAUUGUCAUUGUGUGUGUGUGUGUGUGUGAGAGAGAGAGAGAGAGAGAGACUCAUACAUGUCAACAUUAGUGAGAGAAGUCAAUGAUAUUGUAUAGAACUGUAAAAGAAAUGGAAAUAUUGAAACAAAAGAAAACAGGAAACUUGUGAGUAUGAUGCAAAAACAAAAAGUGAAUAAGGGAAAGGAGAAAUUAAACUAUAAUGGUACAUACUUAGUAACAGAAAAGAAUGAACAUACAACAACUCAGAUAUUGCACUAAAAAUGUUAUGUAAACAUGGAAAGGUCAAUAUCCUGAUAAAUCCACCACCAAGACUGAUAUAUGUUCAACUGAGGGGUGAAUUUGAGACCCUUGAAUAAUGAUAGUAGUAGUAAUAAUAGUAGUAAUAGUACCUCACCUCGUUACACUAUUUUCUUACCCUUCACAAUAUCUCCACAAUCUUCUUAAUUUUCUUCAUUUCCUAUUUUUUCCCUUCCCUUCACUCUUCCAUAACAGUCCUCAUCUUUCUCGGUCACACUGUCUUCGUUUUCUUUCCCUUUCUUCUCCUUCCGCCAACACCUAUUUCUCUCUCUCAGCUUCAUCCUCACCCUGUUUUACCUCGUAGUUUUAGCUCUCACAUGAAAGUCAGCCCCCCUAAACUUGACCUGAAAAACCGUUCAUGAAAUCUGUCCCUUACUCGAAUAUGUGCAUCAGGUAAAGCAGAAAAUGGCUUUGUUGGAUGAAAAGACGGAAGGAUUAUGAAACUUUUAUAGACUCCUGGAAGACCAAGAGAAAGAAAAGAAAAGG